AUGAGUAGUCCAAUCACAUCUAAUGGAGGCAUCAAGAGUUGGAAGGACUUUGAACAUAUGCGAUUCAAGUUUACAAGGCUAGUCCAGAAGGGCGCCUUCCCACAUUGCUUCUACCAUUGCAUAAUACAUUACUUGACAACGUCAUCGUUGGACAAUCCUCUAAUACCAAGGAAUGUACAACAAUUAAGAUAUAGAAUCAGCGAUUAUUUGGACGAAAGACAUACUUCAAAUGGCGUGCCAGAGUCAUUUGGUCAGCGACUGGAGGAGAUCAAUGAGAUACAGGGCGAGCUGAACAUCGCCAAUUGGGAGGACUUUGUCUUGUCCGUCUGCGAGAACUUAUACCCUGGCACAUUGGAGAUCAAUGCCCUCACUGAACUCUUUGCCAUUUGGACUGGACAGCGCAUCACCAUCGAGGUGUUUGACAGCGCAGAGGAAGAGCCUCGUGUUUAUGGCGCUGGCGGCGAGCCGACCAGCCCAGACAUUGACGGCGGCAGCAGCAGCAGUGGCAGCACACUCAAGUGGAGUCUGGCCACUCACAAGAAUCAGUAUAGGGUGUUGGAGCCCAUCACGAUGGAGCAGGCGGCUGCGUCUUCGCCUCCACUAGUGGCCAUGUCCAGCAGUCUUCCCCUGCCCUCACCCUCACACUCUUCGCCAUCACCACGUGGCGGUACAAUGGACGGCGGGCUGGUGCACCCCAAGCUGAUGCGCAAUAACAUGCGACAACUGGCACCAUCACAUCUAGAGACGUUUGACGAUGACUGGGAGCACGAGGUGGACAACUGUCUGUAUCUCUCAAGUUCGUCGUACGAGUUCAACUCGCUACAGUACCUCAAUCGCCUGGACAUCAAGCCACGCCACACUCUGACACAGGUGAUCAAUGGCGACACAUUCGUGUUUGACAAGCGAUCGUCCAUGAAGCUGGUGCAGCCAUUCGUCAUGGCGUCGCGACCCGCCAGCUCAGACCACGCAGGAUUCCGCUCGCGCAAGACCUACUACGUAUCGUUUCGCGGCACGGCCGACGUAGCCGACGUGCUCGGCGAUGUACAUAUGCUACAAAAGUUCAACGGACUGGGCUCGCUGCACGGCACUUUCUACCGCAGCGCCGACUCAUUCCCCUUCAUGCAGCUGUUCAAGUGGAUACAAAAGGGCUGCAAUGUGGUGCUGACAGGCCACAGCGGCGGUGGCGCCGUCGCCACCAUCAUAGCUCUACGAAUGAUCUGCGAGCCAUUCAUCUCACGUGACCUCAUUACAUCACGUCUGAUGUGCAUUACCUUUGGCCAGCCGCUGGUGCUGGACGGCGUGUUUGGCCGCUAUCUCAACUCUCACGACAGCAAGGGCAAGCAGUUCCACUUCUUCCACAAGGUCGACGACCCCAUCCCCAGCCUCAUCGACUCUCUGACCACGCUCCAGAUUGCCAGCAAAGCGUCUGAUCGCGAGUAUGUUUGUGAGCGCACUCUUAUGCUGCAGGACCUGCUCGAUCAGUCAAGCGCGUUUGUCAAGAACAUCCUCUCCAAGAUCUUCACCAACUCCAACCUGCCCACGACCAUCCUCAAGGACACGCCCUCACUCUUUACCGAGGAGUCUACAGACCUGAUGCGCUCUCUGCCCAAACUAACAUUCUUUGGCCAGUAUCAUAUCAUCUCGCGACGUGCCCUGCCAGAGGCGGCUGCCGGCGCGGCUACACUGCUCUCAACCCCGCCACCCACGCAACAGACUCAGAUCGACACACUCCGCGCAUGGGUUGAGGAGGACCGCGUGCGACUAGAGCGAAUACUAUCGAGCGAGAUUGCCAACCCGCUCAAGGACAUUGACAGCAUCGAGGAGUCACUCUCGCAGCAUCUGUUGGCUCACUACCAGCAGGACCUGAUGAGUCUCAGCCCAGAGUCGGCAAUCGCCGCCGUCGCCAAGCACUCCACUCAAUCAUACAACAGCAUUGGCGGUAUGUCCGUGAUGGACUGCCAGCCACGUAUCGACAGCAUCAGCAUCAACAUCGUUCAUGGCAAUGGAGUGAUCGUCAAACUGGAGGGCCCGUAUGUGUCAUUCAUCGGUGCGGCCGGGCUGCCUGGCAAGCUGCCCAUGGUUCAGGUUACCAUCAACAAGGUCAACAGCAUAGAGAUGGAGUACAAGAAGGAGGUGGACAUUGACGCAAGCACCGAGCGCAUCAAGGUCAAGUUCCUUUCAAUCUUCCGCUCUUACGAGGAUAACUUCUUCCCAUGCAAGGUGACAAACUAUGUCGUGUCUGACCUGCUAUCGAUGGUGGGCUCGCGAUCCGCCCAAGAGCUCUUGUACGCUGCAUUCUGGGUCGUGUUCCUGUCGGACCAGCACGAUGCUGGACGACUACGAGGCAUCGUCAAUAGGUUGUUGUCCACAGUGCCAGACUACUACCUACUGUUCCAGGCGAUUCGCUCAGAGGACGAAUACACACGCAGCCUGUGUAAGCUGAUACUUUGCAAUCUAAAGGACGAGCAGCUGUCACGUGCCGUCACCAACUGCCACCAACUCGGCGUUUCCCUGGCAAAGAUCAAACAGUACGUGUGCGGGGAACUGAACAAGGACGCUCGCGACAUCUUUGGCUCGCUGCCCAGUAGCAACUUGCACACUUGUCUCGAGGACCAGCUCCUGGAGAUCAACGCGGCGGCCGCGGCAGCUGCACCUGAUCUGUCAAACAACACAUCAUCAUGGAACAGCCUGUUGACGACCUACGAGCGGUCAAAGAAGUGGCUGGACCUGUUUGUCGACUUCAGGCGUCUGCCUGUUCUGUUCCCUGAUGGGAUCAUCGAGCGACUAUUGGGGUCCAUCUCCCUGCUGCCCAUCCAUAAUCAUCGCUCAUUCGAGGAGAUAAAGAAGGUGUUGACCAAGGUGUUCAAGAUCGAUUCACUGCCUGGCGGCCUCAACCUGUCCGAGGACUUCAUGACCGAGCUGGCGAUCUACCGCCACUUCACACAACGGGGAUUCUCCACAACCAACUCAUUCGACAAAGACUUGUCCGACCAACACUGGGCACUCAACAGGCCCGAGCGCAUCAUGUCACUUUACCAGACGAUGUUGAUCCAUGAGCUACGCAUUGAACUGGCAGUGCCACGCGUCGUGGUCGCCGGCCUCAAGAUGAUUGGCAAAUCGACAUCUAUUGAAAAGGUAUUUGGAAUACCCAAGAGCCAUGUGUCUGGAACUGGACUGCAUUAUGGCGCACGCGAGGAGGACCGCACCAAUGUGCCCGGCUUCUACAAGGUCGGUCCAAACGUUAGAGUGAUUGACUUCCCCGGCUCGGACGACCCCGACCCCACGAUCAAGUCGAUCGCCGAUGUGGCCAUGGCCAUUCCAGGCAUCUGUAUGAUAUUCCUGCGUUGCUCAUCACUGAGCUCGCACGACACCUAUGAGAUCGUGCAACAGUUCCGCUCUGCAUCGCCCAAGCGACCAAUCGUAGUCUGUGUCAAUCGUGUGGACGAAUGGUACAACGACCUAAACAUCGAUCCAGACUUCCACGACGCGCCCAACAAACUAGUUCCAGAGGAGUUAGUUCGCAAGGUAUCCUUUGAAUGGAGAAAGCUGACCAAGACAUUGGUGGAUAGGUUGAAUGUUGAGGAUUACUUGAUACCAUCGGUGAUUGAUAGGAAGCUAUUGUCAAAUGAUCAGUUGAAUAGGCUGUGUCGUGUGUUUGAGUUCAAGGAGGACUUGAACGAUCACAGAUACCUGGCAUCCAAGUCACCAUCAUUCCUACAUCUGCCAUCAAACAUACGUGAUAUCAUUGGUGAUAUCUUUAGCAAUCUGAAAUGGUUCAAUGAGAAUGAGUUGAAGGAGUGGAGACAAUGGAGCAACGAACUGAACUCUAGAAUACCAUUGAAGACCAUCAUCCUACCUCCGCCUCCAAUGUCACCACGUCAACAACAGCAACUUCAACAACAACAGCAACUAUUGCAACAACAACAUAUGUCACAACAGUAUCAAUGA